GUCAGCACUGUACUUGGUUCGGAAUCGAUGCUGCGAUUACGAAUAUGUGUUCUUCGUCCCCGGCGUGUGCCGAACAACAGUCCGCACCGCCGCGGAAAGUCUUUGCGUGGCCAAAAGCCACUUCCCCUUGGCAACGCUUGCACAUUGAUUUUGCUGGUCCAUUCUGGAAUGCUCGAUGGUUGGUUCUGGUCGACGCCUUCAGUAAUUUUCCUUUUGUUGUCCGGAUGUCUUCCACGACGUCCUCCGCCACCAUCCAAGCGUUGUCUGCUAUCUUUUGCAUUGAAGGUCUUCCGCAGACUAUUGUUUCCGACAAUGGCCCACAAUUCAUGUCCGCAGAAUUUCAGUCAUUCUGCCAGGCCAAUGGUAUUCAACAUCUGACAUCCGCGCCGUUUUCGCCUCAGUCCAACGGUGCCGCUGAACAUUUGGUCCGGACUUUCAAGUCACAGAUGUUGCAAUUGAAAGAGUCGCAUUCUCGGGAGGACGCAUUGUUGCUCUUUUUGUCUUCGUAUCGCUCUCAGCCCCGAGAUGGUCGCUCGCCGGCUGAGUUGCUCCACGGUCGUCCUCAUCGCACCUUGAUGUCUUUGCUGCAUCCGCCGCAUCAGGUUCCUGCGCAGCGGCAGACUCCUGCUUUUGCUCCAGGCGACGUUGUAUUUUAUCGCAACUAUCGCGGUUCACGGCGUUGGCUCGCAGGGCGCAUUCUUCGCUGCCUCGGCCGCGCGAUGUAUUUGGUUUUGGGGGCCUCUGGUGAGGUGCGUCGGCAUCUCAAUCAGCUGCGCCUCUGUCGUCGCUCGGGUUCUGCCGCUCCCCGUCUGCUUUCAGCGACGGUGCCGUCCGGUCAGCGCCCUGGGGACCCAUCUACUGGCUCGCCUCAUCCCCAGGUGUUACCGACGAUGCCUUCCAUUUUGCCCGAUGGCGACGCGCCGCCGCCGCCGCCGCAGCAGCAGCAGCAGCCGCCGCCGCCGCCGCUUGUUCUCCCGCCGGCGCCGACCGCAUUCGACGCUUCGUUGCCGCCGCCAGGCGCCUCCCAGGGUCACGCGCCGCCGAUCGCUUCCCGUGACCAGCUGUCCGCCAUGGAACGCCCGCCCGCUCCGGACCACAUGACGUCUUCGCGCGUCGGCUACCCCGACGCCAUGGACGUCGACCCUUCGGUCCCUCCUGUCUCUUUACGGGCGCAUACACCGCAUGUUGACGUGCACCCUGGACUAGUUUUGCAGGCGUUUCCUAGCUCCCCUCGGACCGGAUGGCCGGGUGCGGGUGGCACAGCCUCGCCUGUUGUUAGGCUCCCCACCUCAUCGCAUACGUCAACAUGUGGUCCUCCCCACGGCGGGCGGAAGCCUUAUCUCACGACCGUUCGCCGAUUUGCGGGGGAGGAAUGUGGUGUCACCGCCAGACACCACACUUGCUAGGUGGUAGUUUAAAUCGGCCGCGGUCCAUGUAGUACAUGUCGGACCCGCGUGUCGCCACUGUGAUCGCAGACCUAGCGCCACCACCAAGGCAGGUCUCGUGAUACGAGAGUGGACUCGACCCCAUUGUACGAGAACCAAGCUACCGCCCAGUUGUACGCGAACCUAGCUAUCGCCCCAGUUGUACGAGAACCAAGCUACCGCCCAGUUGUACGCGAACCUAGCUAUCGCCCAGUUGUACGAAGCCUUUCUCUCUCAUUAGCCGAGAGACAGAAUAGCCAUCAGAUAAGUUAAUGGCUACGAACUAGCAAGGAGCCAUUUGAAUCAGUGCCUAUAGCUUACAAGUAUUCAAGAGAGAUGUAUUCCAAGGAAGCAAUAAAAGUUAAGUAAAAAGCA